UUGGAGUUGUCAUCACCAUUCAUGGAUAUCGUCUCCGUCUCUAUAUUUCCCAUGCUAAAAGACAAUGAAACAAAAGAUAGUACCUCUGUAUCAUCGUAAACAUAUCUCCAUGCAAUCAUCUUCCAUCCCCUCCGAAGAACAUAUAAUCUACAACAACACAGUUAAAGCAAUGCAAUUAAUGCCGAUCCAAUCAUCAAUCCCACGAUCUUCUUCUGAUCCAUCCCUCUCCAGGACAAUCUGCUCUCGCUCUCGCCGGCCUAGUAAUUCCAACCACUCACCAUCUUCAACUCCUCCAUCAAAGUCAAAAUACUCUCUGCGCUCCCCAAUACUAGAAAGGAUUAUUAAUGGCAUUAAAAGCCAAUCCUUGGUGGCCUCCAGGCGUUCGUAUUUGAAAGAGAAGGAUCUUGAGGCUCACAACAGAAGAAUUGCCGCCAUUAAUGUCGACGACGCUUACUCCAAUUCCACUCCAUAUUACAAAGGAGUGUAUUAUGAUUCUCUAAUUACCAAAACGCCAAAACUGACUUCUGGAAUCAGUUCUGGACGCAAAAGUGACUCAGACAGUGUUGCUACCUCUAGCUCUCUCUCCACCUUCAUCUUUAGAAUUCGAGAUCUGAGUUCUAAUUGCUUUAGUGUUAAAAUUAAGAGAGAUGAGACCAGCAAGCCUGCAACCUAUGUCACGAUGGAAUCUGCAGGUCACACUCCUUUCUUCCCUUCUUCAUCACCAUCCGCAUCGUCACCUAGGGCGACUGUGACGGUGUUGAAGGAGAUGAGUAAGAUUGCUGAAGAAAGGAAGGAGACGACCGUCGGCGAUGUCCAUGCUUUGUUAGCUAAGGAGAAGCCAUUGCCGGAGAGAGUAGCAGAACCCGCAGCCGUAACAACUGUAGUAAUGCAGCCAUCCAAAUCCAAUCCAAUGGCAAACGAGUAUUCUCCUUUCUUGACUCAGACACCAUCAGCAUCGGCAGCACCAAGGACAAAGACGAGGGUUUUGAAGGAGAUGAGUGAAGGAAGGAACGAAAUCAUCGGUAAAGGCGAUGUUAAUGAUUUGUUAGUUGAGAAGAAGCUCUUGAGAGAGAGUGCGGAAAAACCCGCACCCAAAAUACCAACCGGCCUAGUAUUGCAGCCAUCCAAAUCAAAAGACCGAAUCAUAAAUGAGAAAGAUGGCAACAAAAAGAUGAGGAAAAACCGCGAGUUUUUAUGGGCAAACAAGUACCAACCCAAGGCCUUGGACGACUUCAUUUGCAAUCGAGAAAAAGCAAUGGAACUACUAGCUUUGAUCAGAGAGGGAGGAUGUGGCCAUAUUAUAUUUGAGGGGCCACCGGGCGUGGGGAAGAGAACCAUGAUAUGGGCUAUGCUUGGAGAGGCUUUUGGACCUGACAGAGUACAGGCGAGGGACGAAUGCAAGGCAUUUAACCUGAAGGGUGAAAUGUUGGGUAAGAUCCAAGUAAAUGUAAAGCAAUCUCCCCAGCACAUUGAAGUCAAUCUCUCUGAACUAAAGGGCUAUGAGAAGCAUGUCGUUGUUGAACUUAUCAAGGAAACACAAAAUAUGAUUUCUAACAAAGGUUUGCUUUGUGACUCUGACAAUUGCCGAGCAAUUAUUUUAUAUGAGGCAGAAAAGCUAUCUACAGAUGCCCUACUAUAUAUAAAGUGGCUAUUGGAACGGUAUAAAGGAUGUAAUAAGGUUUUCUUCUGUUGCUCUGAUCUCUCAAAACUUGAACCCAUCAAAACAAUUUGCACAGUUGUUCAGCUGGUACCACCUUCACGUAAAGAGAUUGUUGAAGUUUUGGAGUUCAUAGCUAAACAAGAAGGCAUAGAAUUGCCACAUCGAUUGGCUGAAAAAUUUGCAGAGAAGUCGAAAAAUAAUCUUCGUCAAGCCAUUCGAUCAUUUGAGGCCUCUUGGUUGGCCAACUAUCCCUUUCAAGAUGAUCUAGAAAUUUUGACUGGAUGGGAAGAUGACAUUGCAAAUAUUGCUAAGAAUAUAGUAGAAGAGCAAAGUCCAAAACAGUUAUAUAUGAUUCGUGGGAUGCUUCAAAAUCUCAUAGAACAUGAUGUAUCCCCCGACUCUAUGUUCAAGUUUCUGGUAAAAGAGCUAAAGAAGCAUGCACGAGAGGAAUUAAAACAACAAAUUGAUAAACUGUAUGAGGAAUACAGUAGGGUUGAUGAAAAUUUAUUUGAAAGUCAGAAAUUGGCCUUUGCAAACAAUAAAUCCGAGGAAACUGGCAAAGGAGUUCAUGAACCAAUGAGAAGGAAUAUUGUUCAACAAUUUCUGAGGAUCGAAGAGUUUAUAGCAAGAUUCAUGAGCUGCUAUAAGUCAUCAAUCACAACAAACAAAAGUGUGCAACAUUGAACACUCUCAAUGUACUACUGAUCAAUAUGGCGUGACAGGAAUGACAACAAGCAUCAUGAUUAUCUCCUACUACUGAUGCUGAUUACAUCUUGGAAUUUCUGAGGGGAAUUUGCAACCCAGAGAUUAAAUUUGAUCAAUGAGGCAAUGAGGCCGGAUCACACCCAUAAAUUGCAGUUUUUAUGACUUCAUGACUAUUUGAAAGGCAACAGAAGUUCCUAGAGCAGCAAAUCACACACACACACACACACAUAUAGCUCACCCUUUUGGUGCAAUGGUCAUCCAAUUCUAAUAUGAUUGAAGCUAUUCCACUCUUGUAACUUCAAAUUACAUUUUUUAGUAUUUGUAGCAUUUUUUUUAGGGAAAAAAAUUAUGCAUUAGCAAUAAAUUGAUGCAUCGCAUCAAACUACGUCAAUUUGUAAAUUUUAUUAUUUGUGAGAUCUCUUUAUAAACCAAACAAUUCUAUAGAAUCUUGAAGCGUGCUUUUGCAAUUA